UCCUUUAUUUUUUUUAAAUAAAUAAAUGUUUCGUCUCUCACCCUUUUACCUUUUUAAACUUUCCUUCCAAUUCUCCCUAUAUCUGAUCAUCCUACUUUGUCUUCCAUUUUUAUUACCUUAAAUAACCAAAGAAAAAAAAAUGCAGCCAGUUAAAUAUGGUGCACAGAAUCUACAAGAGCGGCUAAUGGAGGAAGAUGGUUAUUCUUCAGUUUUCUCCAUUUCAAACCCUCUUCAUUGUCAACAACUUUUCCAGCAAAAUAUGGGUCCACUUACCCAUCAGCUUCUUCUCCACCAACAUCAGUUUCAGCAACCCAAUUCGGCUGUGGGUUUCAAGUUGGGUCUUGAUGAAAUUAGUAUGAAAAAAGAGGCUGCUUUAGCUUUGAACCAUCCUCAACAAAAUGGCAAUGACCAGCAUUCUCUUUUGGCACCUCAUUGUUGGCAUCCCCAAGAAGAUUCUCCCAUCAAACAACCCUUUUGGAAGUCCCUAAAUAGAUGUGAUGAGGAUAGCAUUAGGCAAUGUACAAGUGAGAGAAGCAAGCAUUUGGAUAACAGAUAUAGGUUCUUUGGUGAGCUUGAAGCUAUUUAUGGCCUUGGUGGGGAAACUACUCAAGCUGGUUCUGGCUCGGCUCUCACAGGUGAAAAUUAUUCACCUGCAAAUGUGGGUAUUCCCAUGCCCUCAGCCGAAUUUCAAGGCCAUAAUGUAGGUGCCAAUGGUCGGGGUGAUAAUGUUACAACCGGGGUUGACCAUGGAUCAGAGGGUUCUAUUGGAGAACAAGCUUCAUUGAGGAAGAUUCAAAAGAAGAAGAGGAAGAAGAAAAUGAAGGAGCAAUUGUGUUCGAUGCUUGUUUUUUUUGAAACUUUGGUGAAACAAGUGAUGGAUCAUCAAGAAGGACUUCAUAAAAGGUUCUUGGAAGUGAUUGAAACAAUGGAUAAAGAAAGGUCAGCCAAAGAAGAAUCAUGGAGGCAACGAGAGGCUGAGAAACGUAAAAAUGAGGCCAUUGCAAGAGCAAACGAACAAGCUUUAGCUUCAAAUAGAGAGGCUGUUAUUGUAUCUUAUUUGGAGAAACUUACAGGUCAAAGCAUCAAUCUUCCUCCAAGGACUCCAUUGUUGGUGCAACCAGAAAGUGCAAUAGUACCCUUAAAUGAUAACAAUAGCAGGUGGCCUAGAGCUGAAGUUGAGGCAUUGAUCCAAGUAAGAUGCGACUUAGAAGCAAAGUUUAGAGAACCUGGAUUGAAAGGGCCUGUUUGGGAAGAGGUAAGCUCUUUCAUGGCUUCCCUUGGUUAUCAAAGAAGUGCUAAAAGAUGCAAAGAAAAAUGGGAAAACAUUAACAAAUAUUUUAGGAAGAGCAAAGAAAAUGGCAAGAAGCGCUGUCGGCAUUCUAAAACCUGCACUUAUUUUCACCAAUUGGAUCAGCUCUACUCAAGAAUGUUACCCACUACUUGUCCCACUUCUCCACCUAGUCCUUUGAUCAACAAUGAUAUUGAUUUGCCUGAGACUGAGCUUGGGGCUGCAUAAGUUCCCCAAAACCUGAUUUUGAUGGUGCAGUUUGUGAGAAUUAAUGUAGUACAAGGAAGCUGCAAAGGAAGCCUUGGACAAUGAGGGUGAAGGAGAAGAAGAAGAAGAAGAUGAUGACAGUAAUGCUAGCUAGGUAAUUAUUUUUUCCAUUCUCAAGGAUUCUCAGUGCCAAUGGUGUUUAGUUCCAUAGUAUUGUUACUAUUAACUUUUGAGUUUGAACUGAAUUUACUGACUGUGUAUAUGCAAUAUGUUAGGACUUGAAUUAGUAUCUUCAGUUUCAUCUAUAAUAAUUUUUAGUCAAAUUAACUGGAUAUAGGUCUCUUUUCUAGUUGUGGUAGGCAUUGCCUUUUUCUUGUUCUUUGUUUUUUCUUUUGUAUUAUCUGCACUAUGGUCCAAAUGGAUAGUUUUAGUCCGACAAUUCAUUUAUUUAGUUUCAAAUUUUGAA